UAAAAUGAAGGUGGCAGGGAUCCUGUGUGGCUGUCGUGUGUCAGUGCGUGUAACAUGACUCGGAGCGUCACAGGCGGAAGGUCACGGAGCAGCGGAACGGAGCGGAAGCGGGAGUAAAGCGCCUGUCCGCCAUUGUGGAAUAUGGUAGGGGAUAUUCCAGUUAGACGCUAGUCAGUUUCAGAUUGACUGAUUACGACCAUCUGUGGCAAGACCGUACACGUCGAUUUUCGCCUCCUCCACGAACACAAAGCUACGGCUUGUAAGAGUCAGAAGAACCGGACCAUCGAGAGCGCACACCAGGAGGAAAACGUCGCCUUGUAGCGGUUACAGAGUGGUUGGACAACCCGAGAGACGAGCCAGGAAAGGACCCAAGUACAGGGGGAAGUCGUGGACAGUCUCACAAACAGCUAUCAGUUUCGGUUCCUGGAGGAUGUCUGCGACCACAGUCGAUCAGAGACCUAAAGGACAAGGAAAUAAAGUGCAAAACGGAUCAAUGCAUCAAAAGGAUGGCGUGAAUGAUGAUGAUUUUGAGCCUUACCUAAGCGGCCAGACAAAUCAGAGUAGCAGCUAUCCUCCAAUGUCUGACCCCUACAUGCCCAGCUACUAUGCUCCAUCCAUUGGUUUCCCUUACUCUCUGGGAGAGGCUGCUUGGUCCACAGCAGGAGACCCUCCUAUGCCCUACCUAACUACCUAUGGACAGAUGAGCAACGGCGAGCCACACUUCAUCCCUGAUGGCGUGUUCAGCCAGCCAGGUGCCCUGGGGAACACCCCUCCCUUCCUCAGCCAACAUGGCUUCAAUUUCUUCCCUGGUAAUGCAGACUUUUCCACCUGGGGUACCAGUGUCUCUCAGGGACAGUCAACACAGAGCUCAGUGUACAGCAACAGCUAUGGGUAUGCCCCCAGUUCACUGGGUCGGGCCAUCGCAGAUGGACAAGCAGGCUUUGGAAGUGACACCCAGCUCAGUAAGGUGCCGGUACUGAGCAGCAUCGAGCAGGGAAUGACAGGGUUAAAACUGGGUACAGACAUGGUGGCAGCUGUCACCAAAACUGUGGGCUCACCCUUAGGAGGCACUGCAGGUAUGAGCAGUAUGGUAGCCAACAACCUCCCUCCAUCUGUCAGCUCGUCCGGACCUAAAACUGCCUCCUGGGCAGCCAUUGCCAAGAAACCGGCCAAGCCACAGCCCAAGGUCAAACCCAAAGCCAAUAUGGGGAUGGGUGGAGGCGCCACCAUUCCCCCACCCCCCAUAAAGCACAAUAUGAACAUUGGUACUUGGGAUGAUAAGGGCUCUCUGAACAAGUCCCCAUUAGCUCAGACUAUGAUGCCACCGCAGCCUCUGGUGCAGCAGCCUCUCCUAGCUCAGCCCCAGCCCUUACUGCAGAACCCUUUGCCCCCUCAGCCUCAACACCAGCCUCAGCACCAACACCAGCCCUUUCAGCUCCAGUCUCUUCAGUCCCCCCAGCAACCCCAGCCUCUGCCCCCUGGCCCUCCACACCUGCAUCUCCCCUCUCAACCCGGUCCCCCACAGCCUCUUCACCAUCAACAACCCCAGCAGCCUUGCCCGCCUCCCAACCGUUGGGUGGCUCCUAGGAACCGGGGUGAGGGCUUCGGCCUGGGUGGGGGAGUCCCACUCAGUGCCUCCCCUUGCUCUGGUGAAGUGCAUCCCAUGCUGGAGAAACUCCGUGCACUUAACAACUACAACCCCAAAGACUUUGACUGGAACUUGAAAAACGGACGUGUUUUCAUUAUCAAGAGCUAUUCAGAAGAUGACAUCCACCGCUCAAUCAAGUACUCUAUCUGGUGUAGUACAGAACAUGGCAACAAGCGCCUGGAUGGCGCCUACCGCUCACUGGGCAACAAGGGGCCUCUGUACCUGUUGUUUAGUGUCAACGGUAGUGGGCACUUCUGUGGUGUGGCCGAGAUGCGCUCGCCAGUGGACUAUAAUGCCUAUGCAGGUGUCUGGUCUCAGGAUAAGUGGAAGGGCAAGUUUGAGGUGAAGUGGGUUUUCAUCAAAGACGUGCCCAACAACCAGCUGCGACACAUCCGGCUGGAAAACAAUGACAACAAGCCAGUGACCAACUCCAGGGACACUCAAGAAGUGCCUCUGGAGAAGGCCAAACAAGUGCUUAAAAUUAUCACCACUUACAAGCAUACCACCUCAAUCUUUGAUGACUUUGCACAUUAUGAGAAACGUCAGGAAGAGGAGGAGGCUCUGAGGAAGGAACGCAAUAGAAACAAACAGUAACCUUCGAGCGAGCUCUGCUAGAACUGCAACACUAAUGAUGUAGGACCUUAACUAAAAAUUUGCCUAACCACAAGGAGGAAAGGCUCUCACAAUCUUUCCACUGAAGAUGACAAUGUAUCUGAACACUUGAACAUGACAGUAAAUGGACUCAUUUGUAUCACUUGACCGGUGCAUCAAACCCUAUGUUCCUGUUUCACUAUUACACCUACUUUUGAAAACUGUCUUUAAAGCAUUUUCAGUCCUUCUAAGCAGCCUCUACCAGUACCCUUAACCCUCUUAACUGUUGUUCUUUCUCUUUGAUUUUGUUUGUGAGCAACUAACUGACUGACCGAAGAUUUCACCGGACUUGUUUCUAAUUUCUUUUUAAUGACUCAAAUGUUUGGAGUAUUGGUGAGCUUCAUCAGCUCCUAAAGAGAAUUAAAGAUGAAUUGAUAUAAAUUGAUAUUGUACUUGAAUCUACAUUCAUCCAUCUGGUCCUCCUCAGACAGAGGCUAUGGGUGAUUGAUGAUUGAAGUGGGAAACAGCCACAAUCACAUGGCAAUCAUAAGAUGUGUCCUCCCUCUACCUGUUCCCGUCAUUUCUGCAUCGGUUUCUGUGUACCAAAAGAUUAAAUUAUGCAGCAGGCAGGCGAGCGCCAGCUAGUGCACAUGUUUGUUUUUCUUCUGUCUUGUGAUAAUGUCAUUCUGAAGUGCAUUUGUAUGAGGAGAAACCUGCUGCCUUGGUAGAACUAGCAGUGUUCUGCUUGGGCCUUGUGGGUGAUUGUCUUUGCUCUGACAUUGAUGUACUCUACCGUACCUCAGGUUCAGUGAGACUGUCUGUCCUCAACAACUCAUAGUAGUUUUGGGAGAACCCUCUUGUGCUCAGCUUGACUGGGGUUCCCUCAAAACAGCUAGACAUCAAACUGCAGUUUUCUCCUCUAGAUAACUCACUAACUAAAUAAAAAUUACCCAUGUUUAGCGCAAA